AUGUUGACACUAUUGGCGACAAAUUUCCAACGACGUUCUUAUAUCUACGAACUAUUCGAUGAAAUUGUCACAGAUAUGAUUUCAUUAAUACAUUCGUCAACGCAAUCAAGUUAUGUCUCAUGUUCUCAACUAGCAUCGAAACUAAUUUCAUACUUGUCACAAAUCCGUAUUGAUGAAAGCCAAUGGAAAGAUAUUGGAAAAGCUGUAGAACGUUUUGAUCAAAGUACAAAUCAUCCUGAUCUUCGUCGUUUUCGACAAUUGCUCGAAACAAUCAGCACAUGUUCGAACGAUUGCGAAGAACGAAAUUAUACAUUGGGACGAGACACGAACGCACUCUUGGACAGUAUAUACCAAUUACAAGAAUUAUCACAAGCACAUGUAAAUCUUAAAUGUACAUUACUUACCAAAGUAAUUCAACAAAAAGAUGUGCGAUUGUUGCUUGGUGAUUUAAUGAAUUUAACCGGAAUGAAUGUUGGCCUUGAAGUUCAUGGAACAAUUUGUAAUAUAAUUCAUCUUCUCUGUCAAAUUGAUCGAGAUUUUGCUAUAUCGAAUGUUAUCGAUCAUCCAAUAGUAUCCAAUUGUCUUCGAAUUAUUCAAACGAGUGACAAUACAAAAUCGACGGUGAUUUCUGCGCUUUUCCUUUUGAUAGAUUUACUUCUGACGAACGAACCUUUUCCGGUGCAUAGUUACGGUCAAAUAUCAAAUUGUGUAUUUUUGAAAAGUAUUUUUGAAUUAGUUGAAAACAACGAUGAUGAUGAGGAAUUUGCUUUAACAUUAAUCAAAUUUCUAUUAUCAUUGAAUUUACGUUUUGAUAUUCCGCGUGAAAAUCCAAUUAUGCUAACAUUGGUAGCAGUGAAUGAACAAAUAUCAUGUCGGGAGUUAAUGGAACGAUUGAUUCUUUUGUUCAAUCGAGGUGUCGAUCCUAUUGAAUGUAAAACGUUGAACUCAGUGAUCAAAUUCUUCAAGGAUUUAUUCGGUGAUCAAGCAACGACUAGUGACGCACUUCUAUUCGAUUCAGAUCGACGACUAAUUGUGGAAAUAAUCAGUCGUGAAUUAGCAGAUCGAUCAUUUACAGAUGAAACAACAACUGAGUAUUUAUCUUUAUUAGAAUUGAUUCUUCGCAGUCGUUCGAUAACCGUGGAUAAUUGUACCCGAACUGAAGAUCUUCAAACAAGUUUUCGUGCUCAUCUAUAUGCAGAAAAUUGUUUGAAAGAAAACCGUCUUCUCAUCAACGAUAUUCUCCGACAACAUAAUUGGUUAACAACGAAUGACAUGCCAUUUUAUCUUUAA